UCCAGCGCAAAACCCCUAGCAACCUGUCUGUCUGUCUGUCUCUCCCUCCCUCCUCCCCAACCCCAACCCACCUGAUCAUCAGAUUCCCCUUCUCCAACGAUCAUUAAGCCACCUCGAUCACAGCGAGGUUUUAUAUGCAAGCCGACUCGCCCGCCUCCAAAACCAGCCACGCACACAGAGCGAGCGCACGCACGGCGGCGAGCCGCGGCGCAACCGCAACGCGAGGCGCAGUAGCCCGCCCGGCCAGCCCCCUCCCGCGGCGUGCCUGCUAGCUCCCGCUCUCCGCUGCCUGCGAGACAACCGCCGAGGCCUCGGCCGCCCCGCGAGCCCCGGUCCCCCCCCCCCUCCCGCGCGCGCGCGCUCGUCAUGGCGGCCGCGCCGUCGUCGUCGUCGUCCGCGUCGCCGGCCGGCGGCGGCGGGCCGCGGCCGUACCGGUCGCGGUUCGGCGACACGACGCUGACAAAGGUGUUCGUCGGCGGGCUGGCGUGGGAGACGCCGUCGGAGGGGCUCCGGCAGCACUUCGAGCGGUACGGCGACAUCCUGGAGGCCGUCGUCAUCACCGACCGCGUCACCGGCCGCUCCAAGGGCUACGGAUUCGUGACGUUCCGGGAGCCGGAGGCGGCGCGGCGCGCGGUGCAGGAUCCGAACCCGACGAUCGCCGGGCGGCGCGCCAACUGCAACAUUGCCUCGCUGGGGCCGCCGCGCCCCGCCCAGCCUCGAGGGAGGGGGCCCUACGCCGUCGGGGCCCACAUGCAGCAGGUCCCGCAGCCGGCGGCCCAGGGCCCGCACUUCGUCCCCAGCCGGGCGCCGGCCUCGCCCCAGAUGAUGCCCCAGCACGGCGGUGGCCCGGCAGCUGCGAUCUACCCGCCUCACUUCGGGUGCUGGUACCCACCUGACUUUCAAUACCCACAGCCCCUGGCCAAUCCGCAAGUGCUGCACAACUACUACCCCCAGCUGUACGGCAUGACCUCGCCGACGGCGUCACCCUUCCACCCGUACGUCGGGUACAUGGCGCCGCAGGCUCCGAGGGCACUGCUCCCGCCGCCACCGCCGGCGGCACAGCAGGUGGCGGUGCAAGCGCUGCUGCAGCACCCGACGCCGCAGAUUCAGGGCUCUUUCUUUCCGGCUCCUUCGCUUCCACACAACUUCAGGCUGCAGCUGCCGCCGCCUCAAGCUUUGUCAGUACUGCCUCCCAACACAACAGAAUCGCAGCCAGCUGAGCAGGCCGCUGCCUCUGCAGCUCGAGCGACAAACGCGAGCAGUACUGCGGGUGCCUGAUCAAGGGCUCAAGGCCAGCUGAAGAUAAAACAUCGGAUUCAGCAAUAAACCUUCAAAUUAACCAACUUUUUUUUGGGCCCAAGAAAAACAAGUCUCCAUCGACAUGCUGCGGACGAAGUUAUUGAUGGUCUGUAACAGUCACUCAGGAUGUUGACUCCAGAAACAAACGACAGACAUUUUGUUUAUUUUUUCCCCUCAUUGUUCCUCAUUCUUUUCUGAGUUUCGGCAAAGCUGUUCGUAAAGUCAAACUGGGUUUUAUAUCAUCAUCUCAGGAUUUCGGUUAGGCAAGGUUCGGGUUAUUUUGCUGUUAUUGGUGCUGUCUCUAGUAUAAUUAUUUUGAUCCAGGAAGUUUUAUU